AUGAUUUCUUGGAUUGGAAAUUUAUAUGAUUUACCUGAACUGGAAGAGGAAGAAAAAGAACUUCAAAAAACAAUACCUUUUGACACUUUAUUAGAAAUAUAUUCAAAAGGGAAGCAGAAAAAAAGUUGUAUUAGAAGAAGAACAACACAACAAUCUGAAUCUGAAAAUAGUUCAGAUAGUAAUAAUAAUGAUGAUAAAUCUAAAAAAAAGAAAAGAAAACUUAACAAAGGAAAAGAAAAAGAACAAGAACAAGAGAUUGUGUUUGAAUUUGAUAAUGAUAAUAAAUCUAUAUAUCAACAAUCUGAUGAUAGUGAUAAAAAUA